AUGGCGGUUGAAAAUGUUUUUCCAACUCCUCCUGCAGGGCAGCCGGAGAGUGACGGCGUCUUUCGACUCAAGGGAACGCUUUCCCCUCCACCAAGGAGACUGCUACCACGAGAACGAGCCCAAUCGACACCGCCAGAAAUAACUCGCUCGAAUCAGUUUGGGAUCUUGACGAAAAGUACAGAUGGUCGAUUUUUGGAGGUGGGAAGUCUCGAAAGCUCGCGACAAAAGUCACAUCUCUCGAGGAAAAAGAGCCAGUAUUUCGAAGGCGCAUUUGCCUACCGUGAGCCAAACAACACCGCAAGAGAGCGUAUAGUCAAGGAUUCGGUGAUUCUAGCUGAAAUCAAGUUGAACUAUUGUGCAAGUCCUCCAGAGAUCCUUGACUGCCUAUGCGAGCCCACUAACGAUGUCUAG